AUGGGUGUGGUCACAGCCUUCGGCAUGGCUGGCGAGGGAGAGCCUUCGUACGAGCAGUUCUCCCAUCUGUACAGCGUCACGAAGUUGAAGUCUGCCGAUCACGGGGGCUGGGUUCAGGCUAACUGCCUGAAGACUACCGAGCGUGGCCAUUUUGUCAACGCCGUGCCAACCUCCCAGAAAACGUGGAGGAAACGGCGAGUGCUUUUGUCUGGUGACUGGGAGUCGCCCUCGGGACAUCCCGUCCGUUUCCACAUUCCCACCACGUUUCAAAUUGCCGGUAAGUUGAAGCAGCCGAGCGUUACACAAGCAGAGAUCCGGCAGAUCGAGAGGGUGAGGUUGAAGGUCCCUGCCGUGGAGAGGGUUUAUCCGAAGUUUCUCUUCACCACCAAUCUUGUCAAAGCUCAACUCGUCAGCCCUGCCGAGAUGACCGAAGAGAGGAAAACUGCCGAGGCGAAGAGGAUGAACGAGUCCUCAAAGUGGAGCCUCAUGCUCGGCAUGCAGGGGAAGAAAAAGGGGCGGCAGGUCGGAACGGCACCAGCGUCUUCGGGAGGGGUUGACCCUGAUGACUUAACCCUCAACGAGCGUCGUCGUCAGAUGAACGCUGAAUCGGCGCAUGCCGGAGCGGCCGAUGCUGGUCCGUCCCCCAGCCGAGGUAUGACUGCCGAGGGUACCUCCUCCAAAACUGCCGGCAAAAAGCCGGUCACGGUCGAUCUUGAUGCCGAUCCCGCUCCAAAACGCGGGCGACAUGCCGAGCCUAUUCGGGCCAUCUUCUCUGCCGAGGACAACGAGGCGCCUCCCGAAGCUGUCACCCUGGCCUGUCCUUCAAAGACAGUCCAGUUUGUGAACCACAUGAUCCUCGGUUCACAAAUGGAGCUGUCCGAGAUCGAGGACCUCCCGAAAAAGCUCCUUCGGGAGGAGGCUGGCCGCGCCUUCCGUCUUCAAGCUUCGGCCUCAAUGGACAUGUGGCUGUGCGUCAAGCGAGCCAUUAAUGCCACCGAAAAGGCGAAGAAGGCAUAUGAAGACGGCAGAGCGAAGGUUGCCGAGGCUGGUAAAGCCAUCCAAGCUCAGGCGAACUUGGCAAAGGACAUGCAGGCUGCCAAACGGCAGGUAAAAGUUUAUCAAGCCAAGCUCGGUGAGAUGUCGGCAGCCUUGGAGGCGGCCAGCUAA